AUGGUUUCGUACGUCGGAGCGCUGCUGUACGGUGCCGGUGGGAUCGCGGUGGCCGGCAUGGCGUUGCUCGUGGUCUUUCAGGAGAAGCUCGUCUACGUUCCGGUCUUGCCCGGUCUCGCCAGGUCCUACGCAAUCACCCCCGCCCGGCUCCGCCUCCUCUACGAGGAUGUCUGGCUCACUUCCUCCGACUGCGUCCGCCUCCACUCGUGGUUCAUUAAGCUCUUCCCCGAAUGCAGAGGUCCAACUAUUCUCUUUUUCCAGGAAAAUGCAGGAAACAUUGCUCAUCGUCUUGAAAUGGUUCAAGUAAUGAUGCAGAAACUGCAAUGCAAUGUUUUCAUGCUUUCUUAUAGAGGUUAUGGAGCUAGUGAUGGAUUUCCUUCACAACAUGGCAUUACAAAGGAUGCUCAGGCUGCAUUGGAUCAUCUGGUUCAGAGAACAGAUAUUGACACGUCCAAAAUUGUAGUGUUUGGAAGAUCUUUUGGAGGAGCUGUUGGGUCUAUGUUAACCAAAAACAAUCCAGACAAGGUUGCUGCGCUAAUAUUGGAAAAUACUUUCACAUCUAUCUUGGACAUGGCUGGAGUUAUGUUGCCAUUUCUGAAGUUAUUUAUUGGAAAAACUAAGGGUCCCAAAAUUCUGAAUUUUCUAGUCCGUUCCUCAUGGAACACCAUUGAUGUUAUUGGUGAGAUCAAACAACCAAUACUUUUCCUCUCUGGACUAAGGGAUGAAGUGGUUCCUCCAUGGCACAUGAAGUUGUUAUAUGCUAAAGCAGCUGCACGCAAUCGGCAGUGCUUAUUCAUAGAUUUUCCAACUGGCAUGCAUAUGGAUACGUGGUUGUCUGGUGGUGAUCGUUAUUGGGCGACAAUUAAGGAGUUCUUGGCGAAAAGGAUCCAAGAAAAAAAAGAUAAUGACUCUUCUGCAGUUGUUCUCUCGAAAGCUUGA